AUCAAAAACGACAAGUCGUUUUAUGAAUCAUAAACGACAAGUCGUUUUUUAGUUCUAAGCUUGAAACUUCAAAGCCUAUAAAUUCUCAUCUCUGUAAUAAGUCAUUUCUCAUUCUCUCACUUCUCAGCUCACUCUUUUCACAGACAAAGAAGAACGAGUCGAGUUAACGAGGUGACUCAGUAAAACCUUUUGAAAAAUGGCUGAGUUCAAAGGCCAAUCUCGUCUUCCCAAAUUCGCCGCACCUAAGCGGUACGAUAUCAAACUCGUUCCCGACCUUCAAUCUUGCAAAUUCUCCGGCUCCGUUUCAAUCCACGUCGAUAUCGUCUCCGAUACCAGAUUCAUCGUUCUCAAUGCCGCCGACCUAACCGUUCAUUCCGGUUCCGUCUCAUUCUCCGAACCGAAAUCCUCAAAGGUCUUCAAGCCUUCAAGUGUAGAGAUUUUUGAGGAGGAUGAGAUUUUGGUUGUUGAGUUCGCAGAGACACUUCCUAUUGGAGUUGGAGUUUUGGCUAUUGAGUUUGAGGGGAUUUUGAAUGAUAAAAUGAAGGGGUUUUAUAGAAGUACUUACGAGUAUAAUGGCGAGAAGAAGAAUAUGGCUGUUACACAGUUUGAACCAGCUGAUGCUAGGAGGUGCUUUCCUUGUUGGGAUGAGCCCGCUUGCAAGGCUACGUUCAAAAUUACAUUGGAUGUACCAUCUGAAUUAGUAGCCCUUUCCAACAUGCCAGUCAUUGAAGAAAAAGUUAAUGGACAAGUCAAAACGGUCUCAUAUCAAGAGUCACCGAUAAUGUCUACAUAUUUGGUGGCAGUUGUUGUUGGUUUGUUUGAUUUUGUGGAAGACCAUACAUCUGAUGGGAUCAAUGUUCGAGUAUAUGGUCAAGUUGGUAAAGCAAACCAAGGAAAAUUUGCAUUGCAUGUUGCUGUUAAGACCCUUGAAUUAUACAAAGAAUACUUUGCCGUGCCAUAUCCUUUGCCCAAGUUGGAUAUGAUUGCUAUCCCUGAUUUUUCUGCUGGGGCCAUGGAGAAUUAUGGUUUGGUCACUUACCGUGAAACAGCUUUGCUCUAUGAUGAACAACAUUCUGCUGCUGCCAACAAGCAAAGGGUUGCAACUGUUGUAGCCCACGAACUUGCACACCAAUGGUUUGGCAAUCUUGUUACUAUGGAAUGGUGGACACAUUUAUGGCUGAAUGAGGGAUUUGCGACAUGGGUGAGUUACUUAGCUGCUGAUAGCUUGUUCCCCGAGUGGAAUGUGUGGACUCAAUUUCUUGAUGAAUCUGUUGAGGGUCUUAGACUUGAUGGGCUUGAGGAAUCUCACCCUAUUGAGGUGGAGAUAAAUCAUGCCUCUGAGAUUGAUGAAAUAUUUGAUGCAAUAAGCUAUAGAAAAGGUGCUUCUGUUAUCCGGAUGCUACAAAGCUACCUUGGUGCCGAAAGUUUCCAGAGGUCACUUGCCUCGUACAUAAAAAAGCAUGCUUACUCGAAUGCAAAGACCGAAGAUUUAUGGGCUGCUCUUGAGGAAGGAUCUGGUGAACCAGUGAACAAACUAAUGAAUUCUUGGACAAAACAACAAGGAUACCCAGUUGUCUCUGUCAAAGUCAAUGGUCAGAAGUUGGAGUUUGAGCAGUCACAAUUUUUAUCAAGUGGUUCCAGCGGGGAUGGGCAAUGGAUUGUCCCAAUAACAUUAGUUUGUGGCUCAUAUGAAAACCGCAAAAGUUUCCUACUGGAAAAGAAGUCUGAAUCACUUGACAUGCCCGAAUACCUAGGUUGUUCUGUUACAAACAGCCAUGCAGAGCCCGGAACAGGUGCUUCUUGCACUUGGAUAAAACUUAAUGUUGAUCAGGCUGGUUUCUACAGGGUGAAAUAUGAUGAGCAUCUUGCAAUGAGACUGAGACACGCAAUAGAGAAGAACUACUUGUCUGCAACUGACAGAUUCGGCAUUUUGGAUGAUUCAUUUGCCCUUUGUGUGGCGCGCCAGCAAUCUUUUGUCUCUUUACUUGCUUUGAUGGCUUCUUACAAGGAGGAGCUUGAAUACACUGUCCUCUCUAAUCUAAUAGCUGUGAGUUAUAAGAUAGUAAGGAUUGCAGCUGAUGCUGUACCUGAGCUGCGGGAGUUAAUCAAACAAUUCUUUAUUGGUCUUUUUCAAAAUGCAGCAGAGAAGCUUGGUUGGCAACCGAAAGCGGGUGAAAGCCAUUUAGAUUCUAUGUUAAGAGGAGAAGUUUUGACUGCCCUCGCAAUGUAUGGACAUGAUUUGACACUCGAUGAAGCAAGUAGGCGUUUCCAUGCUUUCUUAGACGACAGAAAUACACCACUCCUCCCCCCUGAUAUUAGAAAGGCAGCAUAUGUGGGUGUAAUGCGGAGAGUUAGCGAUUCGAACAGAUCAGAUUACGAAUCCCUUCUGAGAGUCUAUAGGGAGAGCGAUCUGAGCCAGGAGAAAACACGCGUUUUAGGUUCCUUGGCAUCUUGUCCAGACCCUAAAAUAAUUUUGGAAGUUCUAAACUUUUUGCUGACUGACGAGGUUCGCAAUCAAGAUGUUGUUUUCGGCCUUGCUGUUGGCAUCGAAGGACGCGAACUAGCUUGGUCAUGGCUUAAGGAUAAUUGGGAGCACAUCUCAGAAACCUGGGGUUCUGGAUUUUUACUUACUCGCUUUGUCAGUGCAAUCGUCUCACCGUUUGCUUCAUUGGAAAAGGUGAAGGAAGUAGAGGAGUUCUUUGCAACCCGAUCGAAGCCGGCCAUUGCUAGAACAUUGAAGCAGAGCAUUGAGCGGGUGAAGAUCAAUGCAAAAUGGGUUGAGAGUAUCCAUGCUGAGAAAAAUCUUGCUGAUGCUGUGACUGAGUUGGCUUAUAGAAAGUACUGAAAAAUCACCCACCAAACAAACCAAUAAGCUUCUUUUCUUUGAUGUAACUUGAUUUGAGUUUAGUUGUGUGUUUUGUAUGUAACCUAGUGUUUUUUAAAACUACUACUAUUUCAUGAAUAGAAUUUAAAUAAAUGACUAAUUGAGUAUUGGCUUUA